AUGGUUACGGAACAUGCGGAAGAAUUUACAGAAACUGAAUUGACCAAUUUAUCAAUGACAAUAACAGUUGUAAAUACCAGUUGUGAAAUCACAUCAGUUAUUGAAGAAAUGAACGGUACCGAGCCAUCGAAAUUGGUAUCUGUCCACGAAAGUUCAAAACGUUUAGAAAGGAAUCUCGAAAGCUUAGAAAAUCUUGAUGAUAGCACUACGCUACCAACAGCUAGACAGGAAUCUAACUUCACUACAAUACCCUGGAAUAUUGCUCCAUCGCUGAAUGUAUCUGAGACAACGGCAUUCAUAGAUUAUGACAUUACAGAAGACGUUAUAGCUGUACUAGCUCAGAAAUCCACAUUAGAAGAACCGUCAUCCACGUUAUCUGCAACAGUUCAACUAUUGACCGAUACCCAAGGUGAGGCAAAGUGUAGUAGCGCUAUCUAUGGAAAAACUGGUGGGGUAUGGAUUGUUGUGAAAGUAACUGGGUAG